CGCCUGUGAGAGCGUGGGUUAGUGUUCGCCGCCGGCGGCAGGUACGGUUGACAGCCCGGUUUAAAGGCUGUCAAUGUAAAAAGAUAAAUAAAUAUAGCCACCGCCGGUGGAAACACGCCGGUACGUCUGCCAACGAGAACAUUUAACGCGCAACAGAUGAUGAGCUGUAGUGGUGCAUCGAGAAACGGACGGCCGGAGUUAUGAAGGAUAAGCGUGGGGCAUGAAACCCGCCUCUUGCACGGGCGUGUCGGCUCCUGUGCGCGGUGGCGAUGCCGAAGCUGGUGACGACAGCCGCGGCCAGCGACCUGCGGGACCGCGGCCCGUCCAGCCUGCAGCUGCUGGAGGGGCUGGGGGCGCUCGGCCAGCACAUUCAGCAGGCUAACCUGAGGCUGGCCGCGGGGAAGCCCAGCGCCCAUCCGCCGCGGAGGAAACACGGCGGGGCGCCGUCUCCGCACCUGCAGGGCAGAUUAAAGGACAUAAAGGACCCAGAGGCCAAAUGCAUCAUAGAAGGGUCCAAGUUUUCUUCAUUGGUACUGAGAGAUUACCAGAGAGUGACAACAAGUGGCUUCGAAUCCAGAUGCUCUGACAUGGAAUUAUCUGAAAGACCUUCUCUGUUUCACAAGAAGUGGAGGAAUGACAUGAUGGAAUUCAAGUAUGAUGUCCAAGAAAAGAGAUUACCCAAAGCAAACUCUUCUGCGCCUUCACUCCCUCGUGACUUCCUGAUUCAGAAGUCCAGCCCUGUCCACAGGCUCUCCCUGCACAAAGAGCUCUCCCAGGGUCCCUCAAAGCCAUUCGCCUCUAGUUCCUAUGCAGGAUGUGAUCUUCCUUCUGUACCAGAAGUUUUCUUGCCAGCUACUACCUCUCCAGCUGUCAAACAGCAAAACGUGUCUGUAGAAACCUGCAUGAACAGGCCAAGAAUAAGUAAUAGAUCCUGCAGUUUAUUCACAAUUGGUGCUCUCCAGAAAUCUCAUGUCUAUGCUGAUCCUGUCCCUGGAGCCCCGACUUCUUUCAUUCAGAGGCUAUCAGAAAUCUCCUAUCUGGAAUGUGAGACUGUGCGACAGGAGAAAAUUAAAAAGCUGAAGAAGGGCAAGAAACAGGAAUCCUAAGGAAAGCAUAACAGAACAGGAAUAUAACCAGCAAGAGGCAAGAAAGCAGCUUGACUUAUGUCGUGCCAAAACUGAACCUUUCACUUUUUUCUUCUUCUGCAAAAUAAACUGGUGCCUUGUAGAAAUAUAGUUUUAUUUUUUUACAAGCACCUUUGACACGUG